UGACAGUACGCUUGACUGUUCAAAAUGGCGAUGGCUUGACUGUCGCAUGUUCUGUGACGUCAGCUGCAAGUCCCUUAUUAUUACCUAUGGUUUCUGGCCGUAAACCCAGCCCCUCGCACUGCAUUAGUGCCGCCCCACCGUGUCUAUAAUUGGCAGAGGCUCACAGACUGACGUCCAAGUUACCCAAUCAAAGAUACGAUCAUUACUUACUGCAUGCGACUAACCAAUGAGAGUUGGCCUGUAUUUUAAACAUGUGAGAGAGUUUUGCUUAUGUGGAAAAUGUUUGGUUGUCUGUUGUAAGCGGUGUGCCAGUCUGGGAGGAGAGACGGGGUGGCACGGGGUGGCACCGACACAAAUGGAGUCUGUGCACUUCUGCCAGACCUCGGCGCCCCCGAUCAGGUGGGUGGUGUCGGAGAACGGGGAGCUGCGGAUAGAGGCGGACCCCGGGGGAGGCGGGGGAAGAGAAGGGGUAGCCCUGCCCAGGGGCCCUCCCAAUCCUGCCUCCGCUCCUGUCCCAGGCUGCCUCAGCGGGCUGACGGCCACCCCCAGCAGGACCCCUGCAGUUCGGACGGUACCGAUGCAAGUCGCCUCCCCCAUCCCGCGGGCCCUGCAGCUGCCCAGCACGUGCUUCUCCAGAGGGGAUCCUGCUGCACUCGGAAACCUCAGAUCAAGCUCUGGCUUGGCCAAAACGGAGAUGCACCCGCAACCUCCCCUGCCUCUCCCUUCUGCCCUGGCUGUAGCUGUAGCCCACUCUGAGAGGGGGUCCUUGCCAUACCAGGCUCUUCAGGGCAAAGGUCAGCCGGAGGUUGGGGAGACGACGCAAGUGCAAAUCAAGGAGGAGGGAAUUAAGAAGGAAAGUGGGGAGCUGGAGUGUGCCCUACAGAGGGAGGAACAUCCAGAAUUGGAAUUGGGCUCCGUCAAGGAAGAGGACGAGGGAGAAGGACAGCUGUUUUCCGAUUCCCUCCAGGUGCCCAAGAAAGAGGAGGAGGGUUUCAGACCAAUCCAGGACCCUGCCUGUAUCACUCCAGUAGGGGGCGCUGUGGAACAGGUUUUUCCCACCCAGACCUCCGCCCAGCCAGAGAUCCGGCAUGUACCUCCCCAAGCCACAAUUCCUGACGCUGGACCACGCUUCCCUUUAGUUAUCCACUAUGUCCGGAUUCUGAAUAAACGCCCUGUGUCUUCCAGCCAAGACUCUGUUCAGCCUGGACCCAGACCUGCGGGACACAGCUCUGCCUCUCGACAAUCUGCUUUCAGGAGCAGAGAAGCAUGUAACCCUAAUCCUGUUAAUUUCCCUUGCUUACCUGGUGCAGAUUUAUCCCAGGGGAGCUCAAAGCAGCCACUUCCAGAAUCUUCCCAAACUAGAGGCGAAAUCUCCUGUCCAUCACCGGGAGAUCUGCUGGCUCCUCGGACAGGGAGCGUGUCCGACAAGCAGAGGGGUGACCCCGAGACUGACGCUUGCUUUGAAGAGCCAGAUGGGAGCUGCAUGGAGACCCCACAGCUGGGCUGGGCUCCAGGUGUUGGUGUAACUGUGACCUUGCUUAGCUCAAAAGGUGUACCAGGACAAAAGAACUCCCCUACCGCUCCUGUCUCUCACCCCAGCAACGCAAGCAGGGUGUUAAAACUUGCGAAGUCCUCUCUGAAUUGUGAUGCCGAGUGUGCUGCGUCAGUCAACGGAAUUGAAAGGAUCUGUAGAUCACAGCUGGAUUACAGGUUCAGCAGCUCUGCACCUGCCACCGAGGUCUGGGGUUUUCUAGGUGCCUCUUCUGGGGAUGAUGGCAAUCCACAAGGGGAGAGCACCGGAGUCUCACCCUCCAGGAGAAACAAUGGCAAAGGGUCUGGUCACGAGGUUGGCUCUGAAUUGGAGGAAUGUUCCAAUUCCAACUCUAACCCGGACGACGGGGGCCCAAAUACCGGAGAGAGAGAAGGGCCGAAUCUCCCAAAAUCGGAAUCUCGGAAUGACCACCUCAGAGGGAGGAAUGAUCCAUUGUCCAAAGCCCUCCUUCCUAGCGGAGCUGCUGCUCCUCUGCAAUCUGCCCCAAACAAUCGGAGAGAGGAGCGAGUGCCAUCUGGUUGGGUCGACAAGAUGGCCAAAAAACAAGGGCCUGAUGUAGCCCUGACUUCAGAAAGAGGUAACAGUGGGAUCAUCCAUUCGGAGCAGAUGGCUCCCAUCAAGAGGGAAACACAGGGUCCUGACUCUAACAGCCAUUGGAUCCCUGAUACCCCAGAAGCUGCAAGGCUGAAGUUGGACAACAAGAUGGAGGAUGAGGUUUCCCAAGGGGAAACAGGGGGUGUAGACCACAGAGUCACCCCAAAGACUGAGGAUGUGAGCUUUUCCAGAGAGGUGAAAGAAGGUUGCCAGGCUGCACAAGAGAUGGAUAGGGGUGCACUACUGCCAGUGGAAAGUGGGGAGACCAGGGAACCCCCAAUGAAAAAGGAGGAUGAGGUUGACCAGGAUGUUGGCGAGAACCCUUCGGCUAUCGUGGCGCAGGCUAAGCACAGCGAAACAGGAACCCCGAUCACAAAUGCAGCAGCUACAGCCCCGAAGACUUCCACGCCCGGCUUGCCUCUCGCCUGCCCUCUCUGCAACGAGGGCCUCUGCGGAGACGCAGAGCUCCCCCGGCACCAGAGGAACUGCCGCAGGCAGCAGCUGCGCGGCGAAACCCUCCGCGCCCGCCCCGCCGUCACCCACCGGGCCGCUCACGCCAAGACCAAACAGGAACCCACCACCCCCACGGCAUCCCCUCCGCUCGGCAGGCCGGCGUCUCGGGCCCGCGGGCCGUGCAGCCGGGCACCGGCAGCUCUGAAGAAGCCCCGGCACGGGCCUGGGGAAGGGCGAGGGAGCGAGAGGGAACAGGGAGGAGGAGCAGCUGGAGCAGAGGCGGUGGGACGAAGAGGGGACGAGGAGAGGCCGGGAGAGGAGGAGAGGAAGGACGGAGGAGCAGAGGCGGGAAAGCAGGGACUUGCCCUGCACUGCUGCCCUCAGUGCCCCAAAACACUCCACGACUUCAGGUUGUUCCAGAGGCACCUGAUGGUCCACGGAGAUUUGGCAGCGGCGUCGGGAGUUGAGGAGAGCGCAGAGGGCACCUGGAAGCGACCGUACCGUCGCGCCGACUGCCCAACCACCUUCCUGCAUGCCGCCUCGCUGGACAGGCACACUCUCCUCCGCGCAGGGAAGCAGCCCUUCACCUGCGAGGCCUGCGGACGGCACUUCCGGAAGGCGGCCCACCUCCGGUUGCACCAGAAGUCCCACCCGGGAGGGGCGGAGACAGCGGGCGGGGAGGGCGGCGGCCGGCUGGGGGCAGGGCCUGCGUUUCCCCACUGCUGCGAUCAGUGCGGGAAGGUCUUCCGCAGGGCCAGACACCUGUACCGCCACAUGAAGAUCCACACCGGGCACAAGCCUUGUGUCUGCUCCGAGUGCGGGAAGAGAUUCCGGGACUCCGAGCGCCUGCGGCGGCACGAACGGGUGCACACGGGCGAGACCCCUUACCCCUGCCCCGACUGCGGCAAGCGCUUCCGCUUCUCGGGGGACGUGCGCAAGCACCAGCGCAUCCACACGGGGGCGCUGCCCUACCAGUGCCCCCAGUGCAGCCGCCGCUUCCGCGACUCCAGCACGCUGAAGAAGCACCAGCUGACCCACUCGGGCCGCGCCCCCUUCCAGUGCCCCGACUGCGGCAGGCGCUUCAGCCAGGUGGGCAACCUCAAGCGCCACCGGCGGACCCACAGCGGCGAGGCGCCCUACCGCUGCCCCGACUGCGGCAAGGGCUUCAACCACGCCGACAACCUCAAGCGCCACGGCCGGGUGCACACGCCCGACUCCCUGCACCCCUGCCCCGACUGCGGCACCAAGUUCCGCAGCCUCUCCAAAGUGCGCGCCCACCGCAAGAGCCACGCCCAGCCGAAGUCCCUGGACUGCCCCCACUGCGGCAAAACCUUCCGGCGCUCUGGGGAUCUGCGCAAGCACCAGCUGGUGCACAGCGGCGAGCGGCCCUUCGCCUGCACCGCCUGCCCCAAGAGGUUCGGCCACCUGGGCAACCUGAAGAAGCACCUGCUCAUCCACACGGGGGCGCUGCCCUUCCGCUGCCCGGAUUGCCACCGCGGCUUCAAUCAGCUGGGCAACAUGAAGAAGCACCGGCGCACGCACCAUGUGUGA